AUGUCACACUGGAUGAUCUCGGUGUUUUGUGCAAUCGCGAUUUCUUCCGUUCUUCAGACUCCCUUCGGUUUUCAAAAGCACAAAUGUCACACUAAGUCUCGAUCACCGAUCCGGAACUCCAAGGCGUCGCGUUUUUACACUUCCGGUAUCGAAGAGCGCAGAAUACGAAGGAGUGAGUCGGUUUCGAAGGAGAUAGAACAGUUGGCGAAGGGUCUCGCGACUCCAGACGUGUUUCUAGAACUGAUGAACAACCUGAGUACCGUCGAGUAUCACAGAAACGCAAUAGCACAGUGGGAAUUCGAGAGCAACAUCAAUGCGACGACGAGGGCCAAAGCGCUCAAGUCAUCCGCCAAACUCGCCGAGUUUCAAAAAAUCGUAUGGAAAGCUGCUGGGAAAUACGAUUGGCGGAAUUUCAAUGGCACCUCGAGGAUCAAGAGACAGUUCGAAAUGAUCUCGGUGCUCGGUAGCGCCGUUUUAUCCGACGAUAAGUUCAAGCAGCUGGACGAGGUGAUAAAUAAAAUGGAAUCAAUCUACAGCACCGCGACUAUAGAACCUUACGUGAAAAUUGACGGGUCUUCGAAGUCGAAGAAGUUGCGAAGAGGUGGAGGACGAAAACUGCGUCUGGAGCCAGAUUUUUCAUCCGUUGCUCAGUACUGGACCAACCCUUACGAGGAUCCGAAUUUCGAAAAGAAGAUAGUCGAGAUCUGGCAGGAGGUGAAACCUUUCUAUCUAGAACUUCACGCCUACGUGAGGAACCGACUGAGGACCAAAUACGGAACUCGGGUUAUUCCUGAGAGCGGUUACAUUCCAGCUCAUGUCUUCGGCGAUAUGUGGACCCAGUCUUGGAUUCAUCUGAACAAAGACACGAUGCCGUAUCCUGACCACGCUAUUCCGGACAUGACGAAGAGGCUAAAGGUCAACAACUUCACGAAGAUGGAGUUCUUCAAGCUAGCCGAGGACUUCUUCCGAUCCCUGGGCUUUCCAAAACUGCCGGAAACGUUCUGGCGGAAUUCGAUCAUCGAACGUCCGCCCAACAAUAAGACUGAACUGGUAUGUCACGGGUCAGCAUGGGACAUGUAUGACGGAAGGGAUUUCAGGAUCAAGAUGUGCACCGAAGUGACCUACGACGAUCUGGUCAUCGUUCACCACGAGAUGGGUCACGUUCAGUACUACAUCCAGUACAGAGACCAGCCGAUAGUUUUUAGAGAAGGAGCCAAUCCUGGGUUUCAUGAGGCGAUCGGUGACACGAUAGCACUGUCAGUUUCUUCCUUGCCUCACGCCUGCGGUCUGGGCCUAGUUGACAACGUCGAUUACCAGCCAAUGACUGACAUCAAUUAUCUGUACUUGAUCGCGCUCCAGAAGAUCGCUUUCCUCCCAUUUGCCUACUGCGUUGACAAGUGGCGAUGGACCGUAUUCACCGAUGAAGUUACCCCCGAGAUGUACAACAGCCUUUGGUGGAAGUUCAGGGCUGAAAUCCAGGGCAUCGAGCCUCCUUUUAAUCGUGAUGAGACUGACUUCGACCCUGGAGCUAAGUAUCACGUGGCUGCCAACGUGCCGUACAUAAGGUACUUCGUCAGCUUCAUUAUACAGUUCCAGUUCCAUGAGGCAGUCUGUCUCAACGCUGGUCAGUAUGACCCAAAUGACCCGAACAGACCCCUUCAUCGAUGUGAUAUCUACGGUAGCAGGGAAGCAGGGAUAGCAAUGCGGCAAAUGAUGAAGCUGGGAUCAAGUCUGCCUUGGCAGGAAACGAUGGAGCGUUUCACAGGAAGUCGUGAGAUGCGAACCGAGGGAAUAACUGCCUACUUUCGCCCUCUGUACGACUGGCUUAAACAAGAAAACGCUCGAACCAGAGAACCAGUUGGAUUCUGAAGUGAGAGAAUGUUCUCCCGCACUUUUUUAUCUACCACCGAUAGCUCCGAUUCGUGGACGGUAAAGCAGUCUGGAUCAAAAUACAGUAGCGACUGUUGGUAACCUGAGUUUUUCGAUCACCUGUUACCACUCACCGAUAAAGCCAGACUUUUCUCUGAUGAUCAAGAAUUUAUAACGACGCCUGGCGUUUAUGGGAGAGAAACAAUAAAAACGACGA